UCAAGAGAAACUGACGUAUUGUUAAGUUGCGCUGCUGUGUGUUUGUGUCUUUUUAUAUUUAUGCAGUAAAAUGGCAGAAGCUAGAUUUUCUCAGAAUGAGUUUAUGUGCCCAGUGUGUUUGGAUCUCCUGAAGGAUCCAGUGACCAUCCACUGUGGACACAGUUACUGUAAGAGCUGUAUUACAGACUGCUGGGAUCAGGAGGAUGAGAAGAGAGUCUACAGCUGCCCUCAGUGCAGACAGACCUUCAGCCCAAGACCUGCUUUAGCUAAAAACACUGUGCUGGCUAAAGUGGUGGAGAAACUGAAGACUACACUUACGUCUGACUGUUAUGCUGGAGCUGGAGAUGUUCAGUGUGACGUCUGUACUGGAAGAAAAUACAAAGCUGUGAAGUCCUGUCUGGUGUGUCAGGAAUCUUACUGUAAAUCUCACUUUGACCGUCAUGAGGAGUUCUUCUCUCAUAAGCCACACAAAGUGAUUGAUGCCACUAGACGACUGCAGGACAUGAUCUGUCGUAAACAUGAUAAACAGCUGGAAAUGUACUGUAUCACUGACCAACAAUGCAUUUGUGUGCUGUGUAAGGAGUAUGAACAUAAAAACCACAAAACUGUAUCAACUGCAUCUCAGAGGACAGAGAAACAGAAAGAGUUGAAGGAGACACAGAUGAAGUUCGAGCAGAGAAUCCAGCAGAGACAGAAAGACCUUCAGCAGCUGAGAGAUUCUGUGGCGUCUCAUAAGCGCUCUGCACAGACAGCAGUGGAGGACAGUGAGAGGAUCUUUACUGAGCUCAUCUGCUCCAUUGAGAGAAGCCGCUCUGAGAUCACACAGAUGAUCAGAGAUCAGGAAAAGACUGUAGUGAAUCAAGCUGAAGAACUCAUGGAGAAACUGAAGCAGGAGAUUGAUGAUCUGAGAAGGAGAAACACUGAGCUGGAGCAGCUUUCACACACACAUGAUCACAUCCAUUUCCUGCAGAGUUUUCGGUCUCUUUCAGCAGCUCCUGGAUCUACAGACGUUUCCAACGUUCCCUUCAGUUCUCGCUUCUCUUUUGAUAAAAUAAAAGAAUCUGUCGAUCAGCUCAGAGUCAAACUGGAGGAUUUCUGCAAAGAGGAGAUCAAGACGAUUUGUAACAGAGUCACAUUUAUCAACAUUGUUCCCAAGACCAGGAAUGAAUUUCUACAAUAUUCCCAUCAGUUCACUCUGGAUCCAAACACAGUGAAUAAACACCUCCAGCUGUCUGAGAAGAACAGAGAGAUUACUAACACUGGCACAGAUCAUCUGUAUCCUGAUCAUCCAGACAGAUUUAAUUUGUUCGCUUAUCAGGUGUUGUGUAGAGAGAGUGUUUGUGGAUGCUGUUACUGGGAGGUUGAGUGGAGUGGAGCUGGUGGUGUCUAUAUAUCAGUGUCAUAUAAGAGCAUCAGCAGGAAGGGAUCAGGUAAUGAGUGUUUUUUUGGACAUAAUGAUCAGUCCUGGAGUUUGUUCUGUUUUCCCUCCAGUUACAAGUUCCUUCACAAUAACAAACGGACUGAUCUCUCUGUAGUGUCCAGCUCUAAAAUAGGAGUGUAUGUGGAUCACAGUGCAGGAACUCUGUCCUUCUACAGCGUCUCUGACACAAUGAGCCUCAUCCACACAGUACAAACCACAUUUACUCAGCCGCUCUAUCCUGGGUUUUGGGUUGCUACUAGAUCAUCAGUGAAACUGUGUUGAUGAAUCAGAAUAGAUACUAGAGAGAUUCAACUCAUGAGACUUUGAGCUGCAUGAUGAAAAUCAGUGUGUGUGAAAGUCAUGGUGAGUGAAGAUGUGUAGCUGUGCUUUUCUCAACAUAUAUUUGUGUCAUAGUUUUUUACUUUUUACUCUAGUGACGCAUAAAUGAUUCCUGCUAUUACUAUCAAAAGUACAUUUCAAACUGAAAUGAUCACAGGGUUCAUUAAAAAGAUUUAUCCCACAUAUCUGUUGAAUGCUUAAGAUUGAGUGACAGACAUUUAAAGGUGUUGAUUAUUUUUAUUAGUAGAAAUGACAAACAAAUUAAAAUCUUUCCAAAGUUACGUUUAAUUUAAACUCAGCAACAAAAGAAAGGUCCUUUUACUUUCAACUGCUUUUGUUUCCAAAAAUUUCUUAACGCAAGCAAAUAUUUCAUUUUAACAUGAAAAGUUCUCUGUGUUUCCCUGAUCAGACCUGUUUAUUAAUCAUCUGCCUGCAGAUCUGACGAGCAACCACCUUGUGGUUUGUAUUCAUUCAGUUUAAUAUAAAUAACUUCUUUUGUUGUUUCUUCUUCUCACAGAGCUGAGCGACAUUAUUAUUUUAUGGCAUUUAAGAAUUAACACAAGAAAUGUUAAAUGCUGGUGAACAUGAUCAUAUGGUUUAUGUGUGAAUUCAUAAAGCUUGAGUGACAUAUUACUUUUAAGUUAAACUUUUCAACUACAUUGUUAUGCUGAUAAUAUAUUGUGUAAUGAAAAAUACAAAAAUUAAAACAUUACACUAGAUUUUUAUGUCUCAGAAUUUUGGACCCAAUUGUAUUUUCAUAAUGCAGUUUAUGAAUGUAUAAUUUCUAUUUCAAGUUUCUGUGAGUUUCAAAGAGCAUGAUAUGUAACGCAUAAAUAUAUAUGUGUAUAAAAAAACACAAAAAGGAAUGUAAUAGUGAUUAUCAGCUAACCUGCUUUUUAGAUAUCAGCCAAUUAAAACAAAAAUUGCACUUGAAGCAGCAGGAGGCACUGUGGUGCUGGAGUGAAUAUCUGCCGCUGACCUGUCAGUCAUCGUUUUGUUUGUGUGUUUUAACAACAAGGAGAGAAAGAUAAAAGUGAUGUGAAGACCACAAAUAAUGCCUUUAAAAUGACCACUUGGCCCACAAGAGAUGGUCUGGGUGUUGAACUCACAGUCUGAACUCUAACAGGCUCUGAGCCUGCAAACACACCACCCGUCACUGACCUUUAGAUGCACAUUUGCUGUCCUGGGCAGGAUGGAGCGGAGCUGGUCUGUCUCUCUGAAACUGGGUCUGUCCUGACAAAGGGAUGUGAUGCUAUUGCUUGUGGUUAAAUAAACAUGUUAUACUGUACUGUGUAUUGUAAUGAAUCAUCAUGUCUUACAGA